CAAGAAAACACAGAUAAUGCGGCUAAUGGCGGACCCAAAGUUAAGAACACUGCGUCUUUCAAAGAAAAGAUUUUAUAAAGGCGAGAAACCGUAAAGUCCUUCGGACAACAGCACUCCUAGAUCAAAAUUAUAUAUCAAUAGUUAGACGUUUUAUCCUGGUUCAAACAACAACUCGUAGAAGAGUGUCUCUGAAGAUUGACUGCGAAGAUGUCGGUUUACGGUGGAGGAAUCGGCGUACAAAGGCCAGGGCCAGGCAUGCCUCGACAGUUUAGCCAAACAAUGCCGCCAAACUACCAGGGGAAUCCACAGUACCAGGCAAUGGCACAAGCACGUUAUCGUCCCCCUUUCUCUAAUCCACCAGUGAUGAACCAGGGAGGCAACCAGUGGAGUCAAGCAAGUCCGAUGGGUGCUUCACCAUAUGGGACUCCUCGGUUUCCACCACAAAGAUUUCUUACACAGCCAGGUGAUAUUAGGGUACCUAAACCCCCGAAACCCCCAGAAAAACCACUGAUGCCGUACAUGAGGUACAGCAGAAAGGUUUGGGACCAAGUCAAGAACCAGAACCCUGACUUUAAGCUCUGGGACAUUGGGAAGAUCAUUGGACAGAUGUGGAGAGAUCUUGAUGAUGCCGAGAAGCAGGAAUACAUGGAGGAAUAUGAAAUUGAAAAGCAAGAGUACAACGAGGCUGUUAAGCUGUAUCACAGCUCGCCAGCCUACCAGGACUGGAUUACUGCAAAAGGCAGAGCCCAAGCAGCCAUCCAAGCUCAGCAAUCUAUGGAACGCACCAUGAUGUCCUCUAUGUCGUUUGGUGGGAAGAUGGACGAGCCACGGUUUAGCAUCCAGCAAGCUGACGAGGAAGAAGAUGAAGAUGAGACGUAUUCUGUGAAGCAUGUGGCUGCUGCAAGGUUCCAGAGGAAUCACAAGCUAAUGGCUGAGGUCUUUAGCGAGACAGUAGUCCCGGACGUCAGAACGGUUGUAACCAAAACAAGGCUUGGGGUCCUCAAAAGACAAGUGCAGUCUUUGAUCUCCCAUCAGAAAAAGCUCGAGGGCGAGCUGCAACAAAUCGAGGAAAAGUUCAAAAGUAAAAAGCAACGAUUUCUAGAUGAGAGUGAAAAGUUUGAUGAGUCGCUGAGAAAGCUAUGCGACCCCCCGGAUGCCGACGAGGAUGAGGAUGAGUCACGUGAGCCUCCAAGUGACGACAAACUGCACCAGUCCUCCAAGGAGAGUAAUGAAGGCCCCGUGUCCUCAGCAGAUAGCAGCGCGAUCAAAGAUCCCAACAAAGAAGCAGAUUAGGCCUGUUAUCGUCGCAUGGUGUGCCACGCGUCUUUAAGAUUAGAUACUGUAGAAGUUCAUAUUUUCAACCUUAAGACAUGCUUUAGACAGGAUAAUCGACACGCCAAUUACUGCCAAUAACUAUCAGGCCAAAACGUCUUUUUCUGUUUGGAUGGAUCCACGGAGUCCGAUUGUCAUUCGUAUUGGCGUAUAGCUAUACGGCUACUUGCGCUUGACCUGUAGUGUUACCUCAAGGAUAUGUCUUAGCGAACCAACUACACAUAUAGAAAAAAAAGAGAUCUGUCCCUUUGCAGUAAUAAUCAGAGCCGUACAUAAACGCCAACAAAAGGCUAUGAAUGGUUUAGGCUGUGCCUUUUCAAAAAAAAAAACGUAUGAAUAGAAACUAGUAAAUUAUCUAUUUUGACAUAAACGUUAAGCUAUCUGAGACUUCUUUCGCUUUUUGCUUUGGAGGUGGGUUAGUUAUCUGUAAAUGGUAUGUAUCUAAAUAAUAUGUGUACUGUUUUUCUACCGAACAAGAUGAAAGAAAAGAUGUGAGAGACGGA